AUGAAGGGGAAAAAAGAUGGCAAUGUCUCGACAGUGAUGCACUUCCUACUGAUGGGAUUUUCUAAUUUUUCACACAUCCAAGGGUUUCUGUUUGGAAUCUUCUCCAUGAUUUAUAUAAUUAUUAUAUUUGGAAAUUCUCUAAUAAUAAUGUUAACUAGACUUGAUCCUGCAUUACAGAAACCCAUGUAUUUUUUCCUGGCAAAUUUUUCUCUUUUGGAGAUGUGUUAUGUGUCUGUCACUCUCCCCAGGAUGCUGGUCAAUCUUUGGACUCAGAAUAGAAGCAUUUCAUUGCUGGCUUGUGCCACCCAAAUGUGUUUCUUUCUCAUAUUGGGGACCACUGAAUGUUUCCUCCUCGCUGUGAUGGCUUAUGACCGCUAUGUGGCCAUUUGCAACCCUCUGCAUUAUCCUCUGGUCAUGAACCCAAAGAUGUGUGUUCAGUUGGCAGUGGGCUCCUGGGUCAUUGGAAGCCCAGUUCAGAUAGGAUUAACGGCUCAGAUAUUCUCGCUGCAUUUUUGUGACUCUCACCAAAUCAACCACUUCUUCUGUGACAUCCCUCCCAUUAUCAAGCUAGCCUGUGAGAAUACUUCUCGCCAUGAGAUGUUUGUGUUUGUGGUAGCAAUGUUGUUUGCUGCAGUACCUUUUAUGUUGAUACUUUUCUCCUACAGUAGAAUCAUUUCUACCAUUCUGAAGUUGCCAACUGCCUCAGGAAGGGCUAAAGGGUUCUCUACAUGCUCUUCCCACUUGAUUGUCGUAAUUUUAUUCUUUGUAUCUGCUACCAUCACUUAUUUAAGACCCAAAUCUAGCCAUUCUCCAGGUACAGACAAACUUCUCUCUCUCUUCUACACCAUUCUGACUCCCAUGUUUAAUCCCAUGAUAUACAGCCUCAGAAACAAGGACGUUAUUGCUGCACUGAGAAAAUUAUUGCUUAAAAAGGUGUGA